AUUAAGUGCAAGUAUCUCACAACUGUAAUUUAUAGGCCUACUUAAGUAAAUAUGGGUCUUCUUAGUUACAUUUCAGCAGUGGUAAUAAUACAAGUAAUGUGAAUGUCAGGCCUAACCAGAGCUUUAUGGUCUGCAGUUACUAUUAUGUAUUAUGUAUCCAUCCAUUCAAUCCUGCAUCCAGAGAUGACUGCCAGAUGUUUACUCCUUUGCAAACAUCUGGUAACACCACUAGAUGGCAAUGUCAACAUGCAGAUCCGAUGUGAGUGAGCUGAGAGGAGGAAUGCUUUCAGACGCAGAGCCAAACUGCUUCACCAGAACAAAACUGGAGGAUACACUCUGCGCGCUUUAGUUCAAUCGGGCUAGACUGGCCCAGACCUGGUUCACUGACUUUUGACGCUCAACAAUGCGGACGACGCCACAAAAGUUUUCUUUGCGCACGGGGCUGGCGGUCAGAGGACUCAGGAGAGACUGCAGCUGUGCGCCCAUGGAUCAGGCUACAUGUGUUGGUUUCUCUGCAUCCCUGUGGAAAGUCAUUUGAAGGCUGAAGAGGAGACAUGAACAAGCUCGCUGCAGUGCCAAAGGAGAUCAUUUAAUCUUUCCAUACUGGAUUUAACCCGCAGUUCUGACGGUUUACAUCUGGAAUCUAUAUAGUACUAUAUAAUUUGUGUGACCAUUUUACCUUCAAUAGUAUAAGUGAGUGUUUUGUACAAGUAGAGGAUAAUCAGCGACACAGCGGAGGCAUUUUUGGAGAUCUGAAUUACGCACGGGAUUCCUCUAACAAAUGACAGCUUCUAAGUGGUUUCUUGCCCUCUCACUUCACCCCCUUAGCUCCCUUUAUCGCACUCUUUCACCGUAUCAUCCCUCUCAGGAGUGAAAAGCCUUUCUGUCUCUCUCAUUGCGCCAACGUGCGGCCGCGGGCCACCUGGCUGAGGAUGUGGGGAGGAGGUUUCCCUAUGUCCGUCACCGUGAUUGUGACUCUACUCCUGGUCAUUAUCGACGUGAAAGCUAGCGGGGAGUAUUGUCACGGCUGGCACGACUCCCAGGGCGCCUGGAGAGAGGGGUUCCAGUGUCCGGAGAAGAUCGAUGCAGUGGACGCGAUCAUCUGCUGUGGGAAGUGCGAGCUGCGCUACUGCUGCUCCAGCACGGACGCACGGCUGGACCAAGGGAGCUGCGACAACGACCAGCAGGCUCAGGAGCCCGGGACAGAGACCAAGGGGAACAAGGACACCGGUGCAGUGCCCAUCUAUGUGCCAUUUCUGAUCGUGGGCUCAGUGUUUGUGGCUUUCAUCGUGGUGGGUUCUGUGGUUGCUGUGUGCUGCUGCCGCUGCCUCCGACCCAAGCAGGAGCUGUCAUCAGCAGGAGCAUCAGGGGGUGGUGCCAGUGGCGGGCGCCUCCUGGAAACCAUUCCCAUGAUGUCCAGUGCGGGCACCUCCAGAGGCUCAUCCUCCCGCCAAUCCAGCACAGCUACCUCCUCCAGCUCCUCUGCCCCGCCUGCUGCCUCUCGCCCUGCACCUCCUGCUCUCAUGCGGGCACAGGCCUCGUGCUGCCUGCCCCCCGACGCCAGCGUCUUCGUCAACAUGCCCACCAACUUCUCUGUACUCAACUGCCAGCAGGCCACCCAAAUCAUGCCUCAUCAGGGACAGUUCCUACACCCACAAUACAUUGGCUAUGCCCACCCUGUGGGCCCUGCUGCAGCCUUCCUGGACCCCACUCAAGGAGGAUACAGGCCCCUGCAGUCCCCCUGUCCUCCUCCCACCGGUGGGUCCAGUAUCACCAGUGAUCAGAAAUACCCUCCAGUGACUGUGUGAUGAGGGGCCAACCUGCAGACCACUCUGCCACUUUGUUGUGAAGACUAACUUGUGAAGUUUAACCUGUGCGGGCUGCGCCUGAGACCUUUAGAGGACAUUGCCAGUGUGGAAAAAGAAAGCCAAUAGUCAGACUCACAUGAACGACUCAUAAAGCCGUUGCUGGCAGCAGGGCCUGCUCUGCUAUUGUGGGUGGUGUGUGUCUGUUUAGUGUGUCAUAUGAUCUCCUGGCAAGUUAGAAUGAGCUAAGCUCAGCCUACGAUGGGAUAAGAUGGAUGCAUAAACAACUGCAUAAUGGUGGGUUACAUAGCCCAGAUGGGUAAUAAUGUACAGCUCAGUGCAGCCUGCAGCUCAAAUAAAGACUGCAUGUGUUUGUGUUUGCAUGUAUGUGUAUGUGAGAGAGAGAAAAAAGAUUUGUAGGUUUAUGUGUGCUGGAAUGAGUGAUGACUGGGUGAUUUAUAGCAGUGAACUGUAUGUAAAGUGGAUAUUCAAGCAAAAAAGAAUUAUGACCACAUGCUGUGUUUAUGCCAUGUGCACAUCUGCACUUGUGAAUGAUUGUGAAUGGUAUACAAUACAGAUAUGCUUGUUUGCGUUUAAAGUAUGGGGAAACGGAGCAUGUGAAAAGAUGUUUGUACUGUAUGUGUGUGAAGUGUGGAGGGAUGUGGUCGUAUGAGUAACUGUGAGUUAACUGCGUGUAAUGGGAAAUGCAGGUGGUGUGAUGUGAAAGGCAGUUGCAAUUUCCCUGUAGACCAUUUAAACUCUAAUGAAGUGAACACAGGACACAGACUGUGACACUCCACCCUACUUUAUAACCCCUCUCCCACCACCCAAAAAGAACCCCCCCCCCCCCCCCCCCCCCCCACACACACCAAAAAACAAAAAAAAACUGCCCCAACUGCCCUGAGCGGAAACACACUCAGACCCAAAAAUGAAAAUAUUCAUGCAAGGCUGGCAGUUAAUGUACCUAAGAAGUGUGAGUGUGUGACAGAGAGGGAGUGAGAAGCAAUCCUCUGAAGAUUAGAGUUAAUUAUACAGCGAAAACUCUGCCAAAUGCCCCCUUCACUUCUCUCCUGUGAGAGGUGUGUGUGUGUGUAUUUAACACUCCCACAGUUCAGUGCAUUAGCUGAGGGCACGGGCAGCUCCAGGGCAGCUUUGAGUCACUAUUUUCCACAUAAGAAAGGUAAAGAAAUGCCAGUUACUGGUUGUUCAUCUGAAAGAAAAGAGAAAAAAGUUUUCUCAGCCUUUCUGUGUACUAUUGUGCAGCUGGGUCUGUAACAUGACUGGUAACUCAGUAACAUGCAACUUCAGGAAUGUGCUGCUCCACUGAGCAUGCAGCCCGAGAUGUCCCAUAGUGCUGAAACUGGUAAGUCUGUGUACCUCAUCUGUACUUGGAGCACAGUGUCUGUUAGAUACAGUAGGCAGCUUGUGUGCGAUAAAAUAAGAACAUCUGUAAAAUGGUGGAUUCACUGAGGUCCAAUGUGUUUGCUCCCUGUUAAAUACAGUGAUUUGAUGAUGCAGGAGUGAUAUUUUUCAUAUGAAUUUGAGAAAAUAAACAACUUUUAAAACAGAAA